UGCAAACAGGAGAGAACAUGGCUGCAACCAUUCGUGUCCUUACAGUUCUGGGAGCUUUGAUGAUCCUAUGUUCAGCUGAUGAAGUUACAACCAAUGUCACUGUAGCACUGACUAGUGUACGUGCUGAUUCUUCCUCUGUGAUGAACAAUAUGGAUAUAAACUUCAUGAGCUACUCCUCUACUGUACCUGAGUCUCCAGUGGGAGUUUCCUCCACACUAGAAAAUGAGACAUUCAUCUCUGUCAUCACAGCAGUUUCAAAGCUCAGGUCCACGCUGAGCAGCACCACUCACAGCACAACUCAGUCUGCUGCAGUUUCAAAGCACAGGUCCACACUGAGCAGCACCACUCACAGCACAACUCAGUCUGCUGAGAUACAUGAGAGUUACAAAUUAACAUAUAUCAUUAUCUUUGUCCUUCUCAUGAUGUGUCUUGCUGCAGCCAUAACCUGCUACACUGUUCAAAGAAACCAAAGGAGGUUCUCUCUAGAUUUACAGGGCAAAAACACAGACGCACAGAUUCCGCUCAGCGAUGUGGAGCCGGAAGUGUUUGAAUCCCAUCCUCCCAAAGACAUGCAAACUUUCGCCGCUGUUGAAGCCUCUUCAACAGGGGGCUUGGAGAUGCCAGGUGGAGAAAAAGGCCUGAGUGAAGCAUGCCAGCAAGUUAAGGACAGCCCAGCAGAGGUCUCAGACACUGGUGCACGUCUUACGGGAGAGGGUGAGCUGACCAUCGUAGACCUGAAUGAUAAGGAUACCACCAUCUCCACCAAGACCUCCAUGGAGUCUCUGGAUGAGCCACUUAAUGACAACAACAGCAACAACAAGGCCCAGGCAAGAGACUUUGGUCUUGCAGUGCAUGAUGCUAGUGGGAGCUUCACUGACGUCUGUCUUAAUGACCUGCCUUAAGAAGAGACUAAGGAGAAAUGUGCAAGCCAUCUAACUGGAAAAUAGGAUGACAAAACACACACAAACAGAAGAAAUGUGGUUUAUCCAAAUUGUCUUUUUAUUUAUGUUAUAAAUAGAACCUCUAAUUCAAAUGCAGCUUACUUAGGAGGAUGAUAACCCUAUGAGUAACCCUCUAAAGGUGCAGAGUAUUUUCUCAACUUUUGCAUAUUUGCUUAAAUUCACUUUAAAUGUUAGGAGAGAGAACAGGGUAAAAUGAGCCAGUGAGUACAUUGACGCACCACCUGUGUCUAGGCAACUUUACACAAUUUUUGUCAUAUAGCCCUAUAGUUUAGUUUGCAUUCUCCAUUUUCAUCUUUCUGUGGAAGGAAGAACUACUUGGAUGAAGUGGUAGGCAUAUUUUUUCAAAUUUUGAAUUUUUUUUUGUCAUAUCAGGCACAAUCAUAUCUCACAUCAAACAUAAUUUCUCACAGUUUAAAAAGUUGUUUCAGAUGCGUUGAGCGACUAUUAUGUAAAAACAUAAUUGAAUUAGCAGAAGUGUAUCUGUGGACUCUUAGACUAAACACGUCUCCCAAAAUGGUGGCUUUGGGGUAAACUAAGCUCAAGCCUUGUGGGUAAGUUGAACCAGUAAACCAUCUGACCCCCUCAGGUUUACAUGAAGUUAAGUCUGAUAUUUGGUGAUUAAAUUGGUGUUACAUCCUUACAGUGAAUAACUGACAUUGUACUUCUUAUUUUAGGUUUUGCAUCUGAACAGUUAACAUGACACAUAGAUAAUUAUAGAAAAAAGCAAAUAUUGGCUUGGGGAUAAACUCUUCAUAUUUCCCUGCAACCUACGUGCAUGGAACAUUGAAUAAUUAAUAUAAUUUUCUAUGAUUGAUUGCUGUCAUAACCAAGAAGGCCUAAUAUUUGCUAAAAAGCAAUACACUAUUAUAUCAAACAUAUAGCUGGAGGUCUACAC